CCUUGCGCCGCCAUGGAUGCCGCGCCCAGCCUCCUGGGCACCCCGCAAGCUGAGGUGCUGGAAGAAGUGCUGCGGGAGCAGUUUGGGCCGCUCCCCCAGCUGGCCGCCAUCUGCCGACUCAAGCGGCUGCCCUCCGGCGCCUACUCGUCCACCGAAGACCUCCAGUUGGUCCUGGAGCGGCGGCGAGUGGCCAACGCCAAGGAGCGCGAGCGGAUAAAAAAUCUCAACCGUGGGUUUGCCAAACUGAAGGCACUGGUGCCGUUUCUUCCUCAAAGCAGGAAGCCUAGCAAAGUUGAUAUUCUUAAAGGCGCGACUGAAUACAUACAAGUUCUCAGCGAUGUUUUGGAAGGAGCCAAAGACUCUGAGAAACAAGAUCAUCAGAACUAUAGCAACAAUACUUCCGAACCACAUGCAUCCUUGGCUAGAGAGCUAUUGAGAAACAACACCCAGCAUGCCAGCUGUGCUGUGGGCUUGAAGAAUGAGGAGGAAGGGCCCUGGGCAGAUGGUGGCAGUGGUGAGUCGGCAUACACUUGUCGCCAGAGUGUGAUGUCUACGACUGGAGUUAUCUCCCCAACCAGGAGUCUGGUAAAGAUUCCCGGAAGCAGAACUCCUGAGUCACAGGCUCCCCCAAGUAUGAAAAGAGAAAAAGCUGGUCCAGGCCUACCUUCCAGAGACAAAUAAAACAGUCUUGAAAGUU